AAGGUCAGCGAGGGUGUACACAGCCCGUCAUCGGCAGCAGCAGUCGUGAGACUUCCCGGUGCACACAGCGCGGCUUCCCCGAAGCGGCAAUGAGGCUGAAGCCGGGCUUCCUCCUGCGCAGCCUGCUGGUGUUGGCCACUUUCCUGGCUCUGCUCAUCCUCUGGUCCUCCCUCUCCUCCGGCCGGACCGACACGCAGCCCCAUAUGGCCCGGGAAGAAAAUGCCAACCUCCCUCAGCCUGGUAAAAUAGAAAAAAAUAUAGACUCCAAACAUGACUUCCAACCCGUGGUGCCAUGGCCUCGUGUCGAGGGUGUGGAGGUAGACCUUGAUUCCAUCAGAAGAAAGAAUAAGGUUCAGAAGGAUCAUAAUCGUAUGGAAGUGAAGCCGAACAACCAGCAGAAUGUGCCACAACGACAGUUUGUCACUUUUAAACCACAGAAGCAUGCGUAUCCAGAUCCCAUUUUUCGUGCUGGAAUCCUGGGGAAUUUUGAACCCAAAGAACCAGAACCCCAGGGUGUUGUUGGUGGUCCUGGAGAGGGAGGAAAGCCAUUCGUGCUUGGCUCUGAAUACAAGGAGUCCGUUCAAUCCAGCAUUAAAGAAUUUGGAUUUAACAUGGUUGCAAGUGACAUGAUCUCACUAGACAGAACAGUCAAUGACUUGCGACAUGAAGAGUGCAAGUACUGGCAAUAUGAUGAAAACCUGCUGACAUCUAGCGUGAUCAUUGUGUUCCAUAAUGAAGGAUGGUCUACACUCAUGAGGACCGUUCACAGUGUUAUCAAAAGGACCCCUAGGAAAUACCUCGCUGAGAUUGUCAUGAUAGAUGACUACAGUAACAAAGAUCAUUUAAAGGGGAGGUUGGAUGACUAUGUCAAACAGUGGAAUGGCCUGGUUAAGGUCUUUAGAAAUGAACGUAGGGAAGGUCUGAUUCAAGCUAGAAGCAUCGGAGCCCAAAAAGCCAAAGUAGGACAGGUUUUAAUUUAUCUAGAUGCACACUGUGAAGUGGGAAUUAAUUGGUAUGCACCAUUAAUAGCCCCCAUAGCCAGAGACAGAACCGCAUGCACUGUACCUCUGAUAGAUGUCAUAGAUGGCAACACAUAUCAUUUAUUAUUCCAAGGGGGAGGUGAUGAAGAUGGGUAUGCUAGAGGAGCAUGGGAUUGGAGUAUGCUAUGGAAGCGGGUGCCCUUGACCAAAAAAGAGAAGGAAAUGAGAAAAACAAAAACUGAGCCAUAUCGGUCCCCUGCUAUGGCUGGAGGAUUGUUUGCCAUCGAGCGAGAUUACUUUUUUGAGUUGGGUCUCUAUGAUCCAGGUCUUCAGAUCUGGGGUGGAGAAAAUUUUGAAAUCUCCUACAAGAUCUGGCAGUGUGGAGGAAAGUUAUUAUUUACACCUUGUUCACGUGUGGGACACAUCUAUCGUUUACAUGGAUGGCAAGGAAAUCCUCCGCCCGUCUAUGUGGGGUCAUCGCCAACACUGAAGAACUAUGUCAGAGUUGUGGAAGUCUGGUGGGAUGAGUACAAGGAUUACUUUUAUGCCAGUCGUCCAGAAACAAAAGCCCUGGCCUACGGAGACAUCAGUGAACUGAAGAAGUUCCGAGAGGACCACAACUGCAAAGGUUUCAAAUGGUUUAUGGAAGAAAUCGCAUAUGACAUCCCCGAUCACUAUCCUCUACCACCAAAAAAUGUAGAAUGGGGAGAGGUACGAGGUUUGGAUACCAAUUACUGCAUAGACAGCAUGGGUCACACGAAUGGAGGAUUGGUGGAAGUUGGAGCCUGUCACAGAAUGGGUGGAAACCAGCUUUUCCGAAUUAAUGAAGCAAAUCAAUUGAUGCAGUAUGAUCAGUGUCUGACUAAAGGGCAGGAUGGAUUGAAAGUCAUGAUUACACAUUGUAAUUUAAAUGAAUACAAAGAGUGGCAAUACUUCAAGAACAUACACAGAUUUACCCAUAUCCCUACCGGAAAAUGCCUGGAUCGCUCUGAGGUUCUUCACCAAGUGUUCUUGUCAGACUGUGACUCCAGCAAAUCAUCACAGAAGUGGGAAAUGAACAACAUCCUUAGUGUAUAAAGUGGAAGGCCAACACAUGAAGAUUACUGUGGCUGAAGCCAGACUGAAACCUGCUGCAAUGAGUAACUUUGUACAGUCAACACUCAAUGAAGGAUAAUGGAAACCUAACAGAUGAACACUGGGUCAUCCUGCAGUUAAUGUUUACAAGACUGCUUUUACCUUUAAACUUUUUACACGUUUACAUCAUCUUGGUCCAAGAUAAUGUUUGUUAAAGUGCUUCUAGCUCUGUUUGUAGGAACAAAGCUAAAGACUCUAUUUCUCGGGAUUCUACUCAGGGGUUGGAAGGUAGUUUUUUUUAACACACACUUGAAAAUCAUUUGAUUAGUGAGACAUGUCUGUGUCUUGGUGAUUUACUAGCUCUCCAUUUACUUUUUCACUCUUUUUUUUUUUUUUUUUCUUCUCAAAGCACUGCCGCAGUUUCCUUGGGUAAUGGUGGCCUUUGUCUGUGCUGCUGUUUUUGGAUGGUAACAUUGGGAAAAUCUUAGUGCCUCUUCCAUUUCUUUUAUAUAUUUUUAGGAGAACUGUAUGCUAACCAUAUAUAAGAGGUGGAA